AUAUUACAAAGAGAUACAAGACAAUGGAGAAGGUCGAGAGAAGUCGAGAAAUCUCAGUGUCGACUGCUAAAUUGUCUACCGUCUAUUUCGCGUCGCAGACGUGAAACGACGGCGUCGCCGUCGUCGUCCCGCCACCGGCGACUUCGCCGUUUUAGCCGAUGGCCUGCUCUCCUGUCGUAUAACCUUGGUCAGCGCUAGACAUAAGGCGCACCGUUGGAGGCGAAGGCGAGGGCGGAACAAACCCUAGCGGGAAGGGAAAAGGAUGAGGGGCUACGUGACGCUGCCGAUCCUGCUCGUUCUGUCGACUGUGGUGUACAUCUACUACACCACCGUGUUCGUGGUGAUUGACGGGUGGCUGGGCUUGUCCACGGCGGCUGGGCUCGCCAACGCCGCUGCGCUCACGGUGCUCACCCUCAUGGCCGUGGUCACCUACGGGAUGGCCGUCCUCAAGGACCCAGGCCACGUUCCGUCUUCCUUUGCCCCGGACAUUGAGGACAACGAGAGUCCCGUCCACGAGAUCAAGAGGAAGGGUGGCGAUCUGAGAUACUGCCAGAAGUGUUUGCACUAUAAGCCUCCACGUGCACAUCAUUGUCGUAUUUGUAAACGAUGUGUUCUAAGAAUGGAUCAUCAUUGUGUUUGGAUAAAUAACUGUGUAGGGCAUGAAAACUACAAAAUCUUCUUUGUUUUCAUGCUCUAUGGUGUGUCUGCAUGCAUCCACUCACUGGUUCUUCUUAUCGCAAGUGCUUGCUAUGAGCUUCAAAAGGAUCAGCAGCAAAAUGGUGAAUCCUUCAAUAAGUCUUAUAUUCUGUGUGGGGCUCUGCUAUGUCCUUUAACUGUUGCAUUAAGCAUCCUUUUGGGUUGGCAUAUCUACCUUAUCCUACAUAAUAAGACCACAAUUGAGUACCAUGAAGGAGUCAGAGCUAUGCUGCUUGCAGAAAAAGUAGGGAACAUCUAUCGACAUCCUUACGACAUUGGUUUAUUUCAGAACCUUGUUUUGGUUCUGGGACCAAACGUCUUCUGUUGGAUUUGUCCAGUAUCAAAGCACAUAGGCUCUGGUCUUCGAUUUCGAACUGCAUUUGACUUUUCAAUAUUUAGGGCAUCAGUUUGAUGUAUAAUGGCAAAGAUGCAAAAAGGGAACUAUAGCUCUCAUGUGAAAUUUAUACUUCCAGACGGAGUCCUCUGAUGUUGCUGCUAACAGCCUGAAAGUGCUCAACUUGCCUGAUGGAGAAAGAAUGUGAAUAGGAAAUGCAGUAGGCUUUUACACACAUGCUUAAAAAAAACUAUAUCAUGGAUUUUGUAAUCUUAUGGUAUGAAGUGGGGGUAAUAAACUGUAUAAUUCAAUGUGGAAGUAUUUUUGAGCUCUGCUUCAGAUAGUUCAUUUAGCGCUUGGAGAGCCUUUGAGAAGGCAAUGGGCUCUGCAGGAGGUACUGGUAGUAGCUAUUUGCUUCACUAGAUCUUUGACAAUACGUAGAACAUAUUGGAUAUUUUUUGUGUACACUUCUUAUUCAGUGUUUCAAGUUUUCUUGUUUUCUCAAA